UAAAUAUGAAAAGAAAUGGAUCCAUAUACUCAUUUUGAAUGGGUGAUGUGAUUCUAUAAUAAAUCACUGUUUCUCUCUCUUACUAAGAAACAGACCAAUUUAUUUUAUUAUUUUAUUUCUUUUUUAAUUUUUUCACAUAUUCUGAGAAUCUUUUCUCAUAUAUACUUUUCUCUAUUUCAUCAUUUUCUUUCCUUUGCUGGUAACACAGACCAAACUACAGAGUUGGUUAGAAAGGAAAGAGAGGAAAAGAAAAACCAAACAAACACACUCUCAUCUCAAUCUCAUCUCAUCACCAUCACCAGCAGCAAAAUCGUCAUGUGUGUCAAAGACUUAGAGCAAGUUGAAGAAGAAACAGUGGGAGAAGAUCUUGACAACAGCAGCAGCAGUAGCGGUGACAAUAACGACAAGCAGAAGCCUUUGCAGCAUACCCAGAUGGAGAAUUUCAAUGACGAAUCUCCUGUGUUGAGCUUCAUCCCAAAUUCACUUCCUCUAGAGAGCAUUUCUGAGGAUAGGGUAAUUGUAGACAAACAAAACCAGUUUAACUUUGUCCCUGCUCUUCGAUCUGGAGAGUGGUCGGAUAUCGGGAGUCGUCCUUACAUGGAGGAUACUCAUGUCUGCAUUAGUAACCUGGCUGAGAAAUAUGGCUUUAAUCUACUCAACAAAGAAGCUAUCUCCUUCUAUGGUGUGUUUGAUGGACAUGGAGGAAAGGCUGCAGCACAAUUUGUUCGUGACCAUUUGCCAAGAAUUAUUGUCGAGGAUGCUGACUUUCCUUUACAGCUUGAGAAGGUAGUAACAAGGUCUUUCAUGGAGACUGAUGCUGCAUUUGCAAAAUCAUGCUCUAUUGAAUCAUCCCUUUCUUCUGGCACAACUGCACUUACUGCAAUGAUAUUUGGAAGAUCUUUGCUUGUGGCAAACGCUGGUGAUUGCCGGGCAGUAUUGUCACGAUGUGCACGAGCUAUCGAAUUAUCAAGGGAUCACAGGCCCUGCUGCAUCAAAGAAAAGACACGGGUCGAGUCUUUAGGUGGUUUUGUCGAUGAUGGUUAUUUGAAUGGUCAGUUAGGUGUCACCCGAGCUUUAGGCGAUUGGCACCUUGAAGGAAUGAAGGAGAUGGGGGACAUAGGAGGUCCCUUGAGUGCUGAACCAGAACUCAGACUGUUCACAUUGACUAAAGAUGAUGAGUUCUUGAUUAUUGGUAGUGACGGUAUAUGGGAAGUCUUCAGCAACCAAAACGCUGUAGACAUUGCCAGAAAGAAACUUCAGGAACACAAUGAUGUGAAACUAUGUUGCAAGGCUAUAGUAGAGGAGGCAAUAAAACGAGGAGCGGAUGACAAUUUAACAGUUGUAAUGGUGAGUUUUCACUUGGAUCCACCUCCUCAAGUGGUGGUAGAAAGGCCAAGAGUCAGAAGAAGCAUAUCUGCUGAAGGACUUAACAAUCUCAGAAGCCUGUUGGAAGGGACCUUGAACCUUUAGCUUUGUUAAUUUUUCCCAUGAGAUUGAGAGGUCAAGUUCAGAAUCAGUCAAGAUUAGUAGUAGUAGUAGUUAAGCUGAUUCAUCAGAGUUUUAUAUCUGUGUUGUAUACACAUUCAGCCACCAAAAGAAAACUGCCUCUUGGGCUUUCUCGUUUACUUUUCUGAUGCCCCAUUGGGUUCAUGGAUAGAUGGAAGAGAAAACAACAGAUACGUGGGCUCACCAAAUUUUGGGACAAGUGUUUGUAGUUUUGUCUUUCUUUGACCUCUUGACCAUGUCAGCAAUAAGGGAGGUCAAGAUAAUUCGUCGAAAUAAUUUGUAAAUACAUUAUUCUUAGCUCUUUGCAAUAUCAGUUUUUCUAAACGUACACUGAAACUGUAUAUAACUGAUUGAUUGGAUUGUUAACCAUUAUUUAUGGAUACUCUCAUUUAAAUGAUUUCUAUGAUAAAGUACAAGAUUACACCAAA